CGUAACAAAACCCUGUAGUACGCCAUGGCACCACCAAGGAAGAACCAAAACCACGACGACAAGCCAGACACUCCCCACGAGGGAGGAGGCGGAGGAGCAGGAGCAGGAGGAGGAGGAACAGGAAAGAAGAAUGGCCAUACCGGAGGCACCAAGAUGCGACGAGGCGCAAGUUCCACGGGCUCGAGCCUGCGUGAGGUGACCAACGCCGCCGCCGUUCUUGCCGCCGGUCCUACUUCGCAUCCGCAUCCUACGACGACGACGACAAUAACGACGACAACAACAUCAACGACAACAACAACACAAUCGGAGACAAGCAACUCAGGAGGUCUCCAAUGGCCCGCCUUCGAGCGCGAAGUCCUCCACGCCUACCGCCGAGCCUACCGCCUCCAGACCCCCACCGCCUACGCCAACCCCGUCCACCAAUGGGUCCUCACCCAACCAGGCAGCGUCGGGCUCUACUCGCCCACGAUUGCGCGACGCAGGGAGUACCGAAGACAAAGCAAGGACCAGUUGACCAGCACGGUGCGCAAGCACUUUAAUGGGCUGGGCGUCCAGGAGAACGAUAUCAUUGUUGAUUUUUUGCACAAGAUCCGCACUUCGCAGGGGGUGCCGAAAAGAAAGGUGGUUAAGCCGCGGGAGUACAUUACGUUGCCGGUGGAGGAAUGAACGAAUGAAUUGAAUGGAUGGAUGGAUGAAUUGAGGGAGAGACAUGGUGCGUGAAGGGAAGGUCUGAUGGGACUUACCAGGGGAGGGAGAUACGGAAGCAACAUAGCUAGCUAGCUAGGUAGGUAGGUAGGUAUCUAUCGGUUGCGCGGUGCUGUGAAAAGUCGUCAAUAUUCUACAU